GUCUGCCUUUGUAGCAUACUACGUAACAGCCUAUGGGCCUCAUUCCUGCAUUACGUCCAGCACGAGUAAGCUGACCGUUAGCAGAUGUCGCAUCUCGCAUGACUUGACGAAGCUUGUUUUCCUGACAAACUAAAAGCAUAACAUUUUAGCAUUUUAUCUACCUAUGUACUGGCACAAAUCAGGCCACUAGGACGGGCCUUGAAGAACUUUCGAACAUGGCCGCAUGUGGCGCCUGCCUCGACAGCUUUGGCGUCGGGGAGCGGCUGCCUAUUGUUUCGCCAUGUGGCCACACCAUAUGCAGGAUGUGCAUGACCGACCCGCAGCUGGUUGCGUGCCCCUUCUGCAGCGUGCCGCUGCCGCCCGCCGCUGAGGACCGCGACAUCCUGCCAUUCAACAGGGGCCUAUUCGAAAUCUUAAAUCUUGGCCAGCAACAGCGAGUGCUUGACAUACCCUUUCAGGAGCUGCGGCUGACGGAUGAAGAGCUUGGCGGAGGCGGCCUGGGCCGUGUGGUCGUUGGGCAAUGGGGAAUGCGCGAGGUGGCCGUCAAGAUGUUACACCUGCCGCCUGCAUGCCACGGAUUUUCCCGCUCCGCACUUCAGCAGCAGUUGCAGCUGCUGGUGCACAUCUCCGCCGCCUGUCGCCACACCGCCCGGCUGCUCGGCGUCAGCCUGAACGACAAACACGACAGACUGGCGCUAGUCAUGAGGCGCUAUCCGGCCAACUUGGAGCAGGUGCUGCAGCAGCGGCGAGGUGUCUGUCUGCCCCCGUCUGCCGCGCUACUGCUGGCUCGCGACUUGCUGCGCGGCUUGUGUGAGCUGCACGCGCUCGGCUUGGUGGCUGGCGACUUGAAGCCCAGCAACGUGCUGAUGGAUGGGGGCACAGCGGCGGCGGCAGUGCAUGGAAACAGGGCAGCAGCAGGCGCGUCAGUUGGCAUGCAGCCGCUGCUUGCGGACGUUGGAUUGCGGCGCGCGUUUGCGGCUACUGUGGGCGGGCACUUGGCCGCUCUGCCGCAGGGCACCUUGAGCUAUAUGGCUCCGGAACAGUUCUCACUGGAGGAGCCAGACCGGGUGGUCCGUCCGCAGAGCGACGUGUGGGCGUUCGGAGCCACCUUGUUGCAUGCACUCAGUGGUCAGCCGCCCUGGCCGGGACUCAACGCAGCGCAGGUUACCAUGCAGGUUGGCGUGCGGCGCUGUUCUCCCGACCUCCCUGCCGACCUACCCGCGCCGCUCCGGAACCUGCUGCACUGGUGUCUCCGCCCCGACCCGCACCACCGCCCCUCCGCCGCGGGUGCGCUAGCACUGGUUGAGUCGGCGCUGGGAGCGGCACUGCAGCGGGGACUGGUCCCGCAGCCGCAAGCAGAGGCGCAGCAGGGGGAAGCUGGAGGAGAAGGAGCAUCCUCCUCAGCAGCAGCAGUGGCCGGAAACGCGGCGGGGGCUGACGACGGCGUUGUAGCCGUCCAAGAGCCCAUGUCGUUCAUGGAACGGGCCAUGUGGCGGGCGAGGACUGCCCGCAGGCAGCCCCGUGUGGCCCAUGUGCUCCUGAUAGAGGGGCUGCGGGUGCGGCGGCAGGCGGUUGCAGAGGUUGCGAUGGAGCGGGAGGGGGAGGCGCCGCUGAGGGAGUGCUGGCGGCUGCUGCCCUGGGUGUUUCGUGAGGCCAUGGCUGGGUUGUUGCCGGGCAUCCCGGAGGCGCGGAGGCGGUACCUGCAGGGGGCAGUUGGGACUGUGGAACUGCGGGACGUGACGACGGAGUUGCUGAGCAGGGGCUUGGUCGGUGUGUGGGACAUGACCCUCUACGUGUACGACUCGCAAGCUCCCCGAAGCGGUAAGCUGCAAGUGGUCGUGCGGGACUACGACGAGGAUGAAGACGUGGUGAUGAAUGUCGUUGUCAGCCACAACGGCACGUACAGAGACCUUCGGGACCACGUGCUUUCAAGGCUGCGUCCCCUGCCCGACCAGCUAUACUUGUUGGCGGAUGGCGUUCCGGCUUACUGUGGCCAGCAGCGGCUUUUGGGUUCGGCGAUUGCCGAGGUAGAGUUCGCCCGUUUCAGCGCUGCGCAUCUAGAGCUGCUGGACAUAACCAUAAAGACGAUGACGGGCAAGACCAUUAAGCUACAAGUGCACCCAUCUUGGUCCGUGGACGACGUAAUGAACAUGAUACAAGAUAAAGAGGGUAUCCCGCCUGAUCACCAGCGGCUCAUCUUUGCUGGUAGACAGCUGGAGGCGAACGCACACUUGAGCAUAGCGCAGCAGGGCAUUUCCUCAGGGAGCAUCAUUCACUUGACUCUGCGGCUGAAAGGCGGAAAGCCCGUCAUCUGCAUGUGGCCCGCCGCCCCCACCGACGCCACCGUCCGCCUCCAGCUUUCCCCCCGCUGGGCCUUCAGCAGCCUGGUGCCGCGGCCCGAUUGUACGACAGGUGAUGCGGGGUUGGUGGGCGGCCGCAGCGUGGAGUGGCGAGUGAGGGCGCAGCCUGACGGCACCCUGACGCAUGAUGCCAGCGGCGGCCGACAGUACGCCUACCUGUUUUGGGAGGCGUUGACGGAGG